AUGACUUACGACCUCAUACUCACCGCCAGCGUUGACGGGGUCGACCCUCAUAGCUGGGAUGCGAGCUUUGACGAUAGUUUCUGGUCAAAUCUGUCAUAUACGGACCCGAGUAUCGUCCUCGGACUUGGUGAUCCAUCCAGCCCACCGAAGAAGUCUGAAAUUGGAGAGAGUUUAGACACUUUUCUUGAUGAAAUAGUGGCUGACUGGGUCCCGCCCCCUCUGCUCUCCCUCACGCUCAGUCCAGUAGACGAGAAGACAAGCAAAAAUCAAUGGUCAGUCUCACCGGAUAUCCUCCAGGCAUCGGCGGAAAGUCCAUCUACAUCGUGCGCGACAACGCCAACCUUGUCGACUUUGGAUUCUCCAAUGACUGUAGAGAGUCCUACAACAACGGUGUGUGAUGAAGAGGUACCCUCAGGCGACAAAGAUGAAAGAGCAGGAACUUCCAUGCACGAUCGACUAUACCAAAAUCUUCUGGAACGAGGAUUCGAAGACCGAGUGGAGGCGUUGAUGCCCUUGCUGGAAGAGGUCCAGUACCACCAAUCACGCAAUUACGGGACGACGAUGAUUCCACAGAAGCGAUUCGCGACCUUUCUGAAGCGAACGGACACCGGCUUCAAUACCAAAAAUUGUCGAUGGUACUCAUGCUGCUUUUGCCACCAUUCGCUUCAGAAUCAAACGCAGAUGGUUCAACAUCUGAUGGGUCGACAUUUUGAGUACAAGCCCUUUCUUUGUGAAAACGCCAAAUGGUACGGUCUCAUCUCGUCUAUCGAAGCGCAAACAAUUCGCAAUUCUAUCGCCGAGCAGAUCUACGAAAGCAUGCCGAGGACAAGCACACAGGCAGAAAGGUUCAAUGUACAUGUGGCAAGACGUACACCAAUGACCGGAACCUCAAGCGCCAUCGGCGGUCGACUCGUUGCAAGCGGCCUUCACCCUAAAAGGCAGAUUGUGGAUGCGUCAACGUCCAGCGGAAUCACGGAUCUCCUCGCUAUCUCACAGGCGGCGUACGCGAAUCGUGGGCGGUACUUUGAGCAUGACAAAACGGAGCGCGAGGUAAAACUUCGAAUGGAAGCGACAUCACCCAAGAUGCUUCAAGCCCUCGACACAAUCUUCAACUCCAGCCCCUGGGUCACGCAGACAGGGGAGCUAGACCGAUUUCAACUCCAGCAAUGCCUUCUCAUCAAGAAGGAGGGAGAUAGCGAAAAGUUUCAUUGUAUGUUCGACAAAUGCGACUACUCCAAUGCCGAGUCAACCAACGCUGUUGAGCAUAUUCGCGGCACACAUUUUGGAAAUCGUCCAUUUCUAUGUGAAAAAUGUCCCAGGGCGUUUACCCGAAGAUACGAUCUGAAGACUCACGCCGCUACGCAUGAAGAAAUUCGGCCAUAUACUUGCAGGUUCUGGUAA